AGGAAAAAUCAAGAUGGAGAACAUGGGAGAAGAAGAAGGCACAAAUACAUACCUGCUAGGAGGGGGAGAGAAAGGAGAGUGGACACCUGCUGAAGCUGCAGACUGGUUUGCUAAGCAAUAUCUUCCAGAUCUUAGCGAAGUCAGUGUCAGAUUUCCAGAAGAAUGGUUGUAUAGUGGUUGUUCUAUCCAAACCCCUGAUUUACCUCCUGAUCAGUUAGCUAAACAGAUGUAUGAAACUGUGGAAUUGGGAGAGAAGGACAAAGUUGGCAGCUUCAUGGGGAAUGUAACUGGUGACAAUGCUGAACAUGAAAUGUAUCAGUACUUGACAAGUAUUCCUAAAACAUCAAGAACAGCUCUCUUUGUUAACUAUAACGUCAGCAUGUUCCAAAGGUUUACAGGUCAACCUCAUCAGGAUCAAGAAUUCGAUAUAGUCUUAGUCUUUGGUGAGCUAAGAAAAUGGCUUACAAUUGAAGUUAAAGCUGGAAAAAAAGGAGGAGCAGGAUGGGCUGACCAGCUGGUGAAGGGAAAACUAUUCUACAAUGAAGUCCUGGCUGCUACUGGUAUAGACACCAAGGACUGGGAGUAUAUACCAGUUGGAGCAUUUCCUAAUGCUCAAAAUCGGAACCAGGU